CGCUGUACAAGUAACGCUAGUACCUGGCUAGUGCAACGGCCAAAGCGCUGUGAAUUUCACUCACGUAUUUUGGCAAGGUGACAAGUAGAGUUAACUUAAGUAAAGCGAAACAUGGCAAAACUCGGCCUGAUAACUUUUACCCUUGUGUUUGCCAUUUCGUUGCAUCUGGGGAGCGCGGACGUUUUUCCCCACCACGAGGCGCUGGACGAGGCAGGGAAGUACCACCUGUUCUGGAAGUUUGACGAGGAGAAGAUUGAGUUGGAGGCGCAGGUCCAGACGACGGGAUGGGUCGGGUUGGGUCUGUCUCCGAACGGAGGCAUGGCGGGGUCUGACAUCGUCAUCGGCUGGGUUGCAGACGGGACGGCGCACCUGACGGAUAGGUAUGCAGACGGGAAUGCACAGCCUAUCGUGGACGAGAGUCAGGACUGGGAGCUGGUGUCUGGGUACGAGAACGGAACCCACACAGUCCUGAGGUUCAACCGGAAACUGACGACAUGCGACACCAAGGAUCGCGUCAUCAACGAAGACACCAUGCGUGUGAUCUGGGCCUGGCAUGACGAGGAUCCAAAGGAAUCAUCCGGUGCGAACGGUCCAAAGUACCACUCCUCCAACAGGGGCGUCCGGAGUACCAUCCUCAUCACCCAGCCCGUCCCACAGACCAGCCUACCGGACACAACAUACACCUUCGAUCUCACCAUGAGAAACGUAUCCAUCCCCGGCGACUCUCACACGACCUACUGGUGCAAGCUUUUCAAACUACCUACGUUGAGCACAAAACACCAUAUCAUAAAGAUGGAGCCGCACAUCACGCCUGGGAAUGACGGACUAGUUCAUCACCUUCUGGCUUACAAGUGCCGGAGGAACCCUGACACCAUCGUGCCGGACGAUCACCAGGGACACAACUGUUACACCCGCAACAUGCCGCAAGACUGGCGGGAAUGUUACGAAGGGUCUCUCAUUGCCGCGUGGGCCAUCGGGUCAGGGGACAUUACGUACCCGGAGCAUGUUGGGUACCCUAUCGGGGACGAAGAGGACAGCGGUUAUGUGCUUCUGGAAAUGCACUACGAUAACCCGCAGGUGCUUUCAGGCUUGUACGACAGCUCGGGCCUAAAAAUGACCUACACCCCAGAACUGAGGGAGAAUGACAUCGGGAUCCUUGAGGUGGGCCAUAGGGUGGGGAAAUUCCAUGUCGUCCCACCUGGUGCAGACAUCUUCACAUCAGCCGCAUUCUGUCAUCCGCAGUGUCUCAGCCCGUUUCUUGAGGAGCUCGGACAGCCUAUCAAGAUAUUCGCCAACGUUCUCCACGCGCAUCUUCUGGGUGUUCAGCUGAACUUGAGGCUGAUCCGUGAUGGAGUCGAGAAGCACAUCUCGGGAGAUGACAACUACGACUUCAACCUGCAGUUCCUCAGGAACCUGAAGGAGGAGAUCGCCAUCUACCCGGGAGACUCUCUGGUGGUAGAAUGCAACUAUCGUUCCACUCACAAAGACAACGUUGUUUAUGGUGGUAUAGGCACCCCUCAGGAGAUGUGUUUGGACUACUUGUUUUACUAUCCGAGAUUCAACCUAGACAGCUGUCACACCAGACCCGUUACCAGCAGAAUCCUCAGCUUUGUAGGAGUGGAAGAUUUUAUCCCUAAACCUUUCCAAAUCCUGGCCCCGCCCAAUUUGGUGAACAAGACGUAUGAGGAAGUGGUGGAGGGGUUCCAGUGGACAUCUGAGAAUGCUGGACAGUUCUCCAAUCACCUUAUGGACGGAAACUUCAUCACGGCCUGUUUGGGCAACGGCACGAGGGCACCCAUCCAAUCGCCCUUCCCCCGCGGGACGAGGGUCCCUCCCCCUGACACCUGUGGCGACCGGACCUCCUCUAGCGCCUGCCAACUGCCGCUCACUGCACUUCACAUCUGGGCCGCUGUCUUCCUGGCGCUGUCGUGCAAAGUUUUGCUCAACUCGUAAAGAUGCUGUUCACCCCGUUUGAGUAGCAAUAUUCAGGAGAGCUUUUUCUAUUCUGCAAACACAUGCCUUAGAAUUGCAGAUCAAGUAACGCACUGUAAGUAGUAGGACUUAAUUCUCAUCUCCUGGUUACAGCACAAAAUAAAAAGAGUUGACGUAGAGAAGUAGAGAUGUCUUCCUCGCGGGACGAGGGUCCCCCCAAUGACCCCUGCGACCGGACCGCCUCCAGCGCCUGCCGACCGACUCUCACUGCACUUCACGUCUGGGCCGCUGUCUUCCUGGCGCUGUCGUGCAAAGUUUUGCUCAACUCGUAAUGAUGCUGUUCACCCCUUUUGAGUGGCAUUGAAUAGCAAUAAACAGGAGAGCAACAAGACUAGUUGAAUCUCUUUCCUUUUGUCAAACACAAAACAGAAAUUGUAGACCAAAUAACACACUGGUAGUAGUAGCAGAGUA